CCCCCCGCCACCCCCCCCCCACACGGCGAGCACACCCACACCCCUCACCACACCACACCGUGCCCCAUCGUCCUCCAUUCCCCACCGCUGGCCAUGAGACGGUCUUAAGACGUGUCCCGCAGCCCCCCUGCAUUCAUGGAAUUACGAGCUCGCAUGACGACGAGCCCGCAGCCCAUCGACCCGCACCUACGCCUGGUGGCGCCAGCGCCGCCUACGCGAACCACGGGCUACAGCGCCGCAGACGAGAUCACCAGCCGCAUCGCCGCCCUCCAGCGCCAGCAUACACCCCCAUCCCGCGCCCGCCAAGGCUCGACCUCGAGCCAGUCGACGCACAGGCGCGAGCCGCCACCGUCAUCAUCUGCUCGGCCACGCGUGCGCGACGAUGGACGCAGGCACAAGGUUGACGAGUUUGACCGCGGGCCCGUGGCGUCCACAUCUCGCCAUCUGUAUGACCCGUCCAAGGGGCCAGCAGUACCCCGCGCACCGGCGCCGUCCCGACGAGAGGCAGCGAUCGCGCCGCCAAUCCCUACCCCAUCCCCCCUCUCAUCACACAAGGAGCGGCGCGAUCUUGUCCCAUCGCCUCGGCGGGCUCUGUUCGACCCCGCUUCGCCCAAACUCGACGCCCCUUCCAUACCAUCUAUACACACGCCUGUGUCCAGGCAUCGGGGAUCCCUCCCUCCCGACGACGCCCGCCGCCGACAUGAUGGGCCAGGCCCCUCGACGCACAAGCUGUUCGACCCCGCAGUCCAUGACCCCAUGACCUUCAACGCCCCGCCGCCAUAUGCACCUUCGACCGCCGAUACGCUUGCUGUGCCCGUGCGGCCUUCAAUAUUGCGCCGCACGUCACCCAAGAUGCGCACUCCCGAGGAGGAGGCUGAUCGCGCGCGUGAACGUGAGCGCCGCCGACAAGGCAGUGAACGGGGAAGCGUCCAUUCAAGCCAAAAACGCAAAGAAUCGGACACGCGCAGUCGAGGAAGCAGUGGAAGCCAGGGAAGCGAGAGCUUCAAGGACCGCGAGCGAGGACGUGGGGAGGGCGACUCGGGCGCUAAGAACUUGCUGCGUCACACGUACAAGGACAUCGGAGCCCUAGAGCAAUCCCUCACCGCCAUACAUCGUAAGAUGCAGGCGGAUCCCGAGGCAGGGAUCACCUGGUUGAUCGAGAAGCCACUGCCGCCGCACAGUAACAGCGCGUCCGAAGAAAGCGUUGCUUGGGCCGAGCUUAUAGCUCAGCACAAGAAGCUUGCCGAAUAUCACUCCAACUUUCUCAAGCUCGCCCUUGACCCCAAAUCGCCCCGCGACCUGCGUGGUUUACCCGUCAAGUACAACAUACCCGUACGGCUGUGGCAGACCGGCUUCCAUGCCAUUCUCGAGCGGCUCCGUUUCGCGUGGAUCUCACACAGCCCCAUCGCUCUCGACCUGCUCACUGAUUUCAUAUACGACGCAUAUCAGUUUUACACCGAGCUGUUCGAGGACCAAAUCAUGUCCGCAUUCCGGACGGCGUGGAUCGAGGCGCUGGGCGACCUGGCCCGCUACCGCAUGGCAGUGGCAAGCUCGAUCGAGUCUAAAGCGCCGAAGCGCAAGCGUUCGGUGGAAGCCCGCAUCGACGACGAUGAGGAACCACUGGUCGAGACGGCCAGUAUAGGGCAAGAGGUGGCCGAUAACUGGGACGUUGAGGACAAGGAGACUUGGAGGACGACUGCGCGCGAUUGGUACGCGGUGGGUAUCUCCGAGAAGCCGGGCGAGGGGCGCUUGCAUCACCAUCUCGCGCUUCUGUGCUGCGAUGUGCGUGGACAGGAAGCGCGCGCAUUGUACCACUUUGCCAAGAGUCUCGCGGCUUCACACCCAUUUGAGACAGCGCGCGAGUCGGUGCUGCAGCUCUUCGAUACGGCGCAGCAGUUCCAGCGAUCGACGCCGGAAGCGACGGCCAUGGACCUCUUCGUCCGUCUGCAUGGGAUGCUGUUCACGCGCAUCGAGCUGGACGACUUUGUCCCAGUCAUGAGCCGGUUCAUGGAGAGGCUCGAAGAAGACGCGAGCCUCGACGGCGUGAGCCGCAAGGCAUGCGUCACCCAAGUCGACUGGCUGUUCAUGGGUGUGGUAAACGUCAUUGCUGUGCUGCAGUACGGCUCGGACACUGGCAUCAUCCGCAAGGGGUUAGCGCAGGAAAGUGCUGCACGCCGCCGCCAAGCUCUGACGGAGGAGAACGGCGACGGUGACGAGGACGAGUUUUGCCAGGACGACGAGAGCCAGCCGCAAACCCCACCGACCUUUGCAUCGGACUCACCGCCGCCACCGACUUUCAUCAACGCCCUCACCCUCACCUUUGCCAUACUCGAGUUUACUUUCGUCCACCCCUUCCGCCAGCAGGGUCUGCACCAGGUGCUCAACCCGUACCUCGCCAUUCUGUUGACGUUCCUCGCGACGAUAUUCCGCAACCCCAUCGCAGGCGCGCCGCUUCUCCCUGCCAUCCCCUGGCGCCGGUUAGCCGAGUUCGUCAACUCGCUCCGCAUCGAAGUAUCGGAGGAGACGCGCCUUGUCAGCGGUGUUCCGCUGCCAGAAGACUGGGUCAUCCGCGGCAUGGAGUGGGUCGGUCGGCGCGUGUUUGAGCGCGGAUUUUGGAAGGCCAAGACGAACUCGCGCAGCUCGAAUGGUGGCCCGGCGAUGCCUCGUGUCGGCGAGCGCUUCACGAGCGAGAUGGACGUGUUGCUGGCGAGCUUUGAUGCCGCGCUCGACAUCACGGAGGGCGUAGUGGAAGAGGUCGAGGGCGCAGACUUGACGGAUGGCCCAGUGGCCGUGGACGAUCGCCGCCGUCGCCGUGUCGCGUGGGCGGCUGGGACCUUGGCAUCCCACGUGGACGGUUUCGAUCUCGAGGGCGGCAAGGUUGUCAUCCGUGGCGCUCUGGCGGCCACCAUUGACGCCGAGGAGGAGCGCAAGGCGCGCGAGCGUGAAGUGGGGCUCAACGGCGCACGCCAUGUACGCCCGCCGCAGACUGUGCCGAGCGAGGAGGAUAUCCAGUCCGAAGACGAGGACGAGGACCCAGAUCUCGCGGUGCUGCGCGAGCGCCGCCGCCAUCUCCGCGACAUUCUGCAGGUGCCGUCGGCGCCGUCGGCGCCCAAGGUGCCACGCUCGCGUCGCGUGCGCAGCACGCACAACGUUGUGCCGGGAUACACGAUUCUGGUGUUCGACACAAACGUGCUGCUCUCCUCGCUCAGCCUGUUCUCCAAGGUCGUCGAGGGCGGACAGUGGUCCGUCGUGGUCCCCUUGCCGGUCGUCACCGAGCUGGACGGGCUGUCGAAGAACCCGCCGCCGCUGGGCACUGAGGCGGCCGCCGCCGUAGCUUACCUCGAAGCACGCAUUCGCACGCACGCUCUGUGCCUCAAGAUCCAGACAUCGCGCGGUAACUACCUCACGGACCUCCUCAUACGCGCCGAGACGCUCGACCUGCACAGCCGCGAGAAUGUGCGAACGAUGGACGACAUGAUUCUCAACGUCGCCGCCUUCCAGCGCGACCACUUUGUCGACCGCUCCGCCCUCCUCGGCCAGGCGCGGCCCGUCGACGGCGUGCCGACGCAAGUCCUGCUCGUCACGUUCGACCGCAACCUCCGCCUUAAGGCGCGGGCGCAGGGCAUCGACGCCGCCGACGAGCGCGAGAUGGCGGCUAUCAUGGCCAAGUAGGCGCUGGCCCAGCCCAUCGAGGCACCUCACGCCACGCUGCGCCACCCCUCGCACUGCGACGGUGCGGCAGGGCCGUGGCGUCGAUCUGGACGCCAUCCUUCCGCGACGUUCCAGCCAUACACAUCGCUCGCUGAUGCGACUGUCGGCCAGCUGGGUUAUCAGCACUUGGUGGUGCUCAGAGCGCUAUCAGCUCAGCUUGUACAUCGGCCCACCUGUGGGCCACCAUCUAACCUGUACCUUUGGAACACUGGGAACACUGGACCUGUACUAUAGUGCGCGAUGCAUGUGCAUGCCUUCAACG